GCUUAGAUUCUCUCACCAACCUUCUCUUUCGUUUGUUUCCCAUUUUUCAUUUUCCCCCUAAAGAAUCAAUAAUAUGCCUGUUCUUUUCUUCUGCUAGCUGAAACCAACUUUACCUUUCUCCAUCACUCUUUUUUCUGCUCUCAAUGGUAGUACUUCCUGUCAGACCUUUCUUUCUCUCCUUCACGUUCUCUCAAGUCCCAGUUCUUCUCUAAGCUUUCUCUGCAACAGCUCGAUUUCCUGGUGUACAAAGGUAAGCCCUUUAAAACACAUCCUUUUUUACACAUUUCCAACGGUCACUUUUCUUGGAAAUGUUAGAUAAUAGUACUGUAAUUUUGUUCAUUUUAAGUCUAUUUAGUUUUCAUGGUUUUGUGGGGUGUUUGAACAAUGAAGGAUUUGCGCUUAUGUCAUUCAAGAAUGCUAUUCAGCAAGACCCUGAAGGGUCCAUGAACAGUUGGAACCAUUCUGAUGAAACCCCCUGUUCUUGGAAUGGUAUAACAUGCAAAGACCAGAAAGUUGUUUCUGUUAGCAUUCCUAAGAAGAAACUCACUGGGUUUCUUUCUUCUUCUCUUGGAUCUUUACCUGAGCUUAGACACGUAAAUUUAAGGAAUAACAAGUUAUUUGGCAGCUUACCUGGUGAGCUCUUUGCAGCUCAGGGGCUGAAAGGUUUGGUUCUUUUUGGGAAUUUCUUUUCUGGGCCGAUACCGUCUGAAAUAGGGAAGCUUAGUUACCUUCAAGCUCUAGAUUUGUCUGAGAAUUUCUUUAAUGGGUCACUGCCUGAUUCUUUUGUUCAAUGUAAAAGAUUGAGGGUCCUUGACCUUAGUCACAAUAAUCUUACUGGUCCUUUGCCUCAUGGAUUUGGGACUAAUUUGGUGUUGUUGGAAAAACUUGAUCUUGCAUAUAACAACUUUAGCGGUUCAAUUCCUAGUGAUCUUGGAAAUUUAACUAAUUUACAAGGAACUGUUGAUUUGUCUCAUAAUAUGUUUGAUGGCUCAAUCCCUCCUAGCUUAGGUAAUCUUCCUGAGAAGGUUUAUAUUGAUCUCACCUAUAAUAAAUUAAGUGGUCCUAUUCCACAAAAUGGUGCUCUAAUUAACAGAGGGCCAACUGCUUUUAUUGGAAACCCUGGCCUUUGUGGCCCUCCAUUGAAAGAUCCUUGUUCAGACAGUGGACCAAGUUCGCCAUCUUCAUAUCCUUCCUUGCCUAAUAACUACCCUCCACAAAGGACGGAUGAGAAUGGUAGCAGAGGAAGAGGGCUCAGUAAAAGUGCUGUAAUUGCAAUUGUUGUGUGUGAUGUGAUUGGAAUUUGCAUGGUUGGCUUGCUGUUUUCGUAUUGUUAUUCAAAGAUGUGUCCUUGUGGCAAAAGGAGGGUUGAUGGCUAUGGUUUUGAGAAGGGAGGCAAGAGAGGGAAGGAGUGUUUAUGCUUUAGGAAGGAUGAAUCAGAAACUUUAUCAGAAAAUGUGGAGCAGUAUGAUCUAGUUCCACUUGACACUCAGGUGGCAUUUGAUCUAGACGAGCUUCUAAAGGCAUCUGCAUUUGUGCUAGGCAAGAGUGGUAUUGGCAUUGUAUAUAAGGUCGUGCUUGAAGAUGGGCAUGUUUUAGCAGUGAGAAGACUUGGUGAAGGUGGUUCACAAAGAUUUAAAGAAUUUCAGACUGAAGUUGAAGCAAUUGGAAAGCUAAAGCAUCCUAAUAUAGUAACCCUCCGAGCCUAUUAUUGGUCUGUGGAUGAGAAGCUACUGAUAUAUGAUUACAUUCCAAAUGGAAACCUUACUGCUGCAAUUCAUGGAAAGCCUGGAAUGGUAUCCUUUACUCCUCUGUCGUGGUCUAUGCGCUUGAAGAUAAUGAAAGGAAUUGCAAAAGGCUUGGUUUAUCUGCAUGAGUAUAGUCCCAAGAAGUAUGUCCAUGGAGAUCUCAAACCAUCUAAUAUCUUGCUUGGUCAAAAUAUGGAACCUAAAAUUUCUGAUUUUGGACUUGGACGUCUUGCUAACAUUGCCGGAGGAUCCCCAACCCUGCAGUCAAGUCGAAUGAUCUCAGAGAAGCCACAACAAAGGCAACAAGGGAGUGCACCUUCGGAAGUUGGCACAGUUGCUUCCGCUGCAAGUAUUGGGUCCUUUUACCAAGCCCCGGAGUCACUGAAAGUGGUCAAGCCAUCACAGAAGUGGGAUGUCUACUCAUAUGGCGUGAUACUGCUGGAAAUGAUUACUGGAAAAUCACCUCUAGUGCAGGUAGGCACCUCUGAAAUAGACAUUGUUCACUGGAUGCAGCUAUGCAUUGAAGAGAAAAAACCUCUAUCCGAUGUUUUAGAUCCCUUUUUAGCUGACGAUGCUGACAAAGAAGAGGAGAUGAUCGCGGUUCUGAAGAUUGCAAUGGCAUGCAUACAAACUAGUCCUGAUAGAAGACCAUCAAUGAGGCAUGUCUUGGACACUUUGGAAAGAUUACCUGUGUCUUCUGAAUGAGAAUAAUGUAAAAUUUUGUGAAUGUAAUUUGUUCCGAGUGAUAUUCUUUUUUUUCCUUACCUCAAACUUGCAAAAGUUAGGCUCCAUUUGUUGACAUUAUGGGAGAAAUUGUCAAACCACAAUCUAGAGGAAUUGGAAUGUCCUGUACUAUUGCCUCAUAUCCUACUGUAGGUUCUCGUGUAA